AUGGCACCCCAACCCUCCGAGAACGACCAGGGCUCUUGGAACCCGGCGUUAUUGCCCGAGGACAGUCAAGGCACUUAUCCGAGCGCCUCGCCCGAGAGUGGCUUAGCCAUCGCGCACGAUUCGAAAGAGACGGCACUGACCGACGCGAAAUCGCCACAAAGCGACGAGGAUUUUUCUGCUUGGGAAAUGUCUGAUGAGUUAAGCACCGCGCAGCCCCAAUACACAAACAUGGACGUGAUGGUGAACAUGUCCCCAGGGGUGGACAUGCCCCCAUCUUUGGAUAUUCCUACCAUCGAAACACAGGCAUCGGAUAUUACAAGCCCCGUUGCAGUGGAACAUGAAACUGCCUCAGAAUCAGCCUUUGUGCUGGAGGCCAUGUCUUCCACGAAUGAGCAAACUGUCGAACAUGCCCCCGAAUCGGUACCUGCGGGAAGUAAUGAUAACAAGGAGGAGAUCUCCGAGGAUCAAACAGCAACACGAAAUGAAGCACAUAAUGCGGAUACAGAGGACCCAUGGGGUUUGAUGGAGGAGGAAACGACUACUUCGCUACCCAGUGCAGAGGAGGUCACGCCUUCGACUGGAAUCCCGCUUGCGAGUUCCCAACCUACAAUCGCCGCUCAGCUCGAAGAAAACCACGAACCAAAGUUUGUUGCAGAAACUGUACUCCGACCUCAUGAGCAGAUCGUGGCUUCUGGGUCCACUUCCGGGGGAAACAAUGAGGUCUUGUCGACUACGGAGGACCUGCCAUCGUCCGAGAAUGCCCAAGCCAACAUUCAACCCGAGACUCCUGACCUCCAGCAGAACGCGGUUGCUGAGGCCUUAUCUGAGGCAAGUAAUGAACUGUUGCCCGCCACCGAGUACUUGACAUCAUCCGAGAAUGCGCAAACCAGCGUUGAACCCGAGAUUGUCGAGGUUGAGUCCGCCUUUGAACCGAUUGACGACUCUUUCCCCAGCAAUGAGGAUCUGCCAUUGGCCAAUAAUGCGCAAACCAACCUUCGAUACGAUACUGUUGAAAACCAACAGGACGCGGUCAUGGAGCCCUCAUUUGGGCCAAGUAAUGACCUGUCGUCUACCGCCGAGAACCUGCCAUUAUUUGAGAAUGCGCAAGCCAGGAUUCAACCCCAGACUGUGGUCCACCCAACUUCUGCUCCCAACGACGUCCAGUUGACUCAACAGCCAGCCAACCCAGAAACCCCUACCGAUGCCCAAAGCCCUUGGGCCCAGGAAAUGAGCCGUGAGGUUGACUCAGAGGACGAUAGUUUCUUCAACCAACUCAACACCCAGACAAAGCCAAUAUUCUCUCCUCCACAGGCAGAGGCGAGGUUUGAGGAAGGCCUUCCGCUAUUGGAUCAAUCUCCAGCUUCAACAGAACCGGUACAGCUAGAGAAAUCAAUUGCGGAUGUUUUUUCUAAUGAUGGCGACGGAGAGGACUUCUUCGGUUCUUUAGGAUCUCAAGAAAAAUCCCAAAACGUGAACGAAAAGCUCCAAGAAAAUCUUCAUGAUAGCCUCCAGGAAAGCCUCCAGGAGAACCCGCAGCAGGACCUUCAACAUGCCCCUCAACGAACCCCUCAGGAAAGCCUUCAAGGAAGCCUCCUGGAAACUCUCCAGGAUAAGCCCCACCUGCGCAGGAAGAGUACCCCUCAGGUACUGGAGUCAUUUGGAUUCGACAUCGACUCCCCAGUGAGCGAUAACUCAGCAGCGGCGCAGUUUGACGAAAUUCUGAAGGAUGCGUCAUCUGGACCGCCAGCUCCAGCCGAACCUUCGGAGGAAGAGUUAGCCGCCAGGUGGGAGGCCGAGUUGGGUGACGAACCAGACGAUGACUUGGCAGCUCGUUGGGAGGCGGCAUUGGAUGAUGACGAUAUCUUGCUCGAGAACAAUUCUAUCCCGCCUGCCCUUGAAUUGCCCGUUGAACAGCCACCAGUACAACCGGCCCGCAAUGGAGUUCCAGUUGAAUUGAACAGUCCGUUCCAAGCCCCUCAUAACCGCGCCCAGCCCUUGCCUGUGCCUGGCGUAUAUACACCUCACCAACCGUCAACAGCAGAUCUUUUGCAAGGAAUACCCGGGACUGCACCCCCAACCAGUGCAGCUAUGCCGUCAUACUUUUCCCAGCAGCCUCAGAACCCAGUGACAACCAGAGGGGAGAGUUUUGCUGAACGGCCCAAGGGGGGUUACAAGUCUCCGUACGACCUUCCAGAUGACAUUUCUCGACCGCGAAAGCCACCCGUCACUCAUCGGCCUGUUCCUCCAGCCGUCACCAGCAUGCCUCCGCCUCCUCUACCGGCUGCUCCUGGUACGUUAAUGCCAACACCAACCACGUUCCAGUCAACAGCCGCCCCGCCUGCAGUCACAGCUCCUCCCCCAGCCCCAAAGAAUUUCUAUGAGGAGCUACCAUCGGCACCACCGAGAUCUCGGCCUGCGAGCUCUGGGAGGUGGCGCCAAGCACUGGUCCAUCUCUACCGCCGCCGCAGGCUCACUAUGCCCCUUCUGCACCAGCGGUCCCACAACCUGUGCCAAUCGUCGCCCCAAACCAUGUUUCAUUGCAACCUCCUGAACACCUGGACCCUUAUGCCAGCUUGGCUUCGAGUGCUCCUGCCGGCCCACCUGCUACUUCGCGGUAUUCGCCCCAGCCGCCUGGCCUGCAAGCCCCAGCGAAACCCCCCUCGCUCCCGCGAUACUCCCCUGCCCCCCCCUCCCACUUCUUCACCUCGUGCCCGUUAUGCCUCUCUGCCAUUGAAUGUUCCUGGCCAUGGUUUGCCCUUCCAGCCACGAACUUCAAGUCCUCUCGCACACCAUGAAAAGGUAUCAUACGUCCCCAACCCAUCACAGAAGCCCCCAUCCUUAGAGCCCGCGAUCAAUCUUUCGCCGCCACGGCCCCAAAGUUCUGGAUUUGGGAAUGCGCCUCCCAGUGUUCCCCAAUACAUGAAUGGACCUGCGGGGGGAAUUCGAAGGGAAAGUACUGGCUCGCCUGUUCAGGCAUCUCCCCCUCAAAGUCGCUAUGCCCCUCAGGAGUACAUUGAUGAAUUCGCCCAACGCAUAGCUCCCCCGUCCAACUAUGCAUCUGCCCCACCGGCUAUGGCCACGCAGACCUCUCCGCCACCCAGUGACAUCCAGCCCGGCCCUCUUCAUAGGUCCCAAACACAAUCACCAAGUCGGGCUAUGUUAAGCCCGCGGUCUUCAGUGCAAAACAUUGAUACCGUUCAACGCCCCGCCUCCGUGCAUGGAUCUGGCUCACCGACUAAGACAGUGAAUCCAUAUGCUCCCGUGCAAGCACCUUCGCAGACCCGUGUGGUGACUCAACACCUCGAAUUUAUUGCUCCUAUAGACGGACAAGAACAGGAUCCUUUGGAGCGAUGGAAGGGUGCUCCACUGUUCAAAUUCGGCUUCGGUGGAUCCAUGUUGUCUAGUUUCCCGAAGCACAUUCCCCGUUACUCUGCUGGUCAGGUGGCACCCAUGAUCAAACCCAGCCCAGGAGAAAUUAAGACCUCUCAGCUGAGCGAAUAUCUUCCCUCUGCUGAUAGCCUUGUUCAGCACCCUGGUCCUCUGAAGACGAAGUCCAAGAAGAAGGAUUUGGUUGCUUGGCUUUCUAGCAAAAUUGCGGCCUUUGAAAACCUUGGUGUUCCGGCUUUUGAUCAGGUCCAUUCUGAUGCACACAAGCGUCAUGAGGAAAGGAUCUUACUCUGGAAGGUUGUCAAGCUUUUAGUGGAGAACGAUGGUGAUCUGGAAGGCUCCGCGGAGGUUCAAAAGUCCCUUCGUCAUGCUAUCUUCCCCCACUUGACAGCCCCUCAAGCAGAUGGGUCGUAUGGCAAUGGUUUCGCAGCUUCGGCUGGAUUUUCACCCAUGGAAAUUGCUUCGCAGCCCGAUGCCGUAGACCCCCAAUGCUUGGAGGAGCUUCGCUCUAGCUUAAUCGCUGGUGACCGGGAAAAGGCCGUCUGGGGCGCAGUUGAUCGCCGUCUAUGGGGCCAUGCGAUGAUCAUUGCAUCCACCAUGGACAAGUCGAUCUGGAAACAGGUCACACAGGAGUUUGUUCGACGUGAGGUUAGAUCAAAAGCUGGAAACACUGAAUCACUGGCAGCUCUGUACGAGAUAUUCGCUGGCAACAUCGAAGAAAGCAUUGACGAGCUUGUACCUCCGUCCGCUAGGGCAGGCCUGCAGUUAAUCAACAAAGCGGAUGGCCAUGGCUCUACCAAGAAUGUGUUGGAUGGUUUGGAUAAGUGGAAGGACACUCUGGGAUUGGUGCUGAGCAACCGGAGCUCCGAAGACCACCAAGCUCUUCUUGCCCUCGGUCGUUUGCUUACAUCCUAUGGACGCACAGAAGCUGCUCACGUCUGCUUCAUCUUCUCGCGAGCGGCGGUAUUCGGUGGACCAGAUGAUCCCCAAGCAAACAUUGUUCUGCUUGGCGCUGAUCACCAACGUUGCGCUUCGUCCCUAAUGGAUGAAGAUGCCAUCUUGCUGACUGAAGCGUACGAGUAUGCUACCUCCGUUCUGGGAAACUCCCCCUUGGGUAAUAUGCCACAUCUAUUAGCAUUCAAGACACUGAAUGCAAGAUGUCUCAUUGACCGAGGCUGUAACUCUGAGGCCCAGAGCUACUGUGAUGCGGUCGCAGCAGCGUUAAAGGCAUCCACAAGACCCUCACCUUACCAUCAUAACUAUCUUUAUGCGGAGGUGGAAGAGCUCUCUAUGCGUCUUCGUCAAACUACGAGCGACAAUGGCUCCUGGAUCUCUAGACCCAGCAUGGAAAAGGUGUCUGGGUCUAUGUGGGCACGCUUCAAUAGCUUUGUUGCUGGUGAAGAGAGUGAUGCUGCCUCCAAUGGAUCUGGGAAGGCCGGCGAAGCAACGGAUUUCGGGCCAUUUGCCAACGUGGCGGGAACACCGACCAUCAGUCGUUCUCCAUCUGUAUCUGAUAUCUAUGGCUCCUACCCUGGCGCUGGCGCUCAGCCAAUUCCCACAAGUGGUGGCUCGAAGUAUCACCCGUCUAGUCAGAGUCAAUACGCCCCCCACGCAUCGCCGGAGCAGUUCAAGGGCCGGUCUUCGAUGGAUUCUCAGCGAUCCAAUCCAUAUUUCCCUCCUGCCGGACGUCGAACCUCACAGGAAUUUUCGCCAUCGCUCGAUUCGCAAAUCUCUCAAGGCCCUAUAUAUGGAUCCCCAAACACAUCUGGGUAUCAGCCAACACCACCUCAGUCGUCUUACGUUCCUCUUGCUCCGGUGGAGGAAGCCUUGUCUCCUGCCGAAGCUAACCCAACCACUCAACCCGUGGUCAAUGGGCUGUUCUAUCAGCCUCCAGGUCAACUCGGUGGUUCGGCCAGUGAAUCCCCUUACUACCAAGGGCCUCCUGGUAUGCCAGAUUCAGAGUCACCUUACGCACCUCCCGUUGCAACCUCAUCCUAUGAGCCGCUCGGCGGUCCUAUGGACAUGAGCUCUGCCCAAGAGACGGAGGACCAGAUAGCUCAUGAGGAACAGCCAAAGAAAAAGGCCUUCAUGGACGAUGACGAUGACGACGAUCUUGCUGCCCGGGCAGCAGCUAUGCAGAAGGCAGAGAAUGAUCGCAAGGCAAACGAAGCUUUCAAGAAGGCAGCGGAGGAAGACGCUAAACGCGAUGCUUCCCAGCAGUCCGGCAAGAAGGGCUGGUUCGGCGGUUGGUUCGGUGGCAAGAAGGAUGAAGCUCCAACCGGUGGCGGUCCCAUCAGGGCCAAACUCGGCGAGGAGAGCUCCUUCUACUACGACCAGGACCUGAAGAAAUGGGUCAAUAAAAAAGACCCUAAUAGCGCCGCUCCAGUCCGUGCUACACCCCCUCCUCCGCGAGGCUCGGCCCCUCCCAGUCGGACCGCGAGUUCAAGUAGUAUGCCGCCAAACGGUGCUCCCCCGAUGGCUGCUGGCAGCAGACCCCCCUCUUCUUCGAGUGCUGCUCCGCCUUCAUUCUCUUCAAGCCCGGGUAUUUCUGGACUUGCACCCCCUCCUCUGCCUCGCUCUGUCUCUACCGGAGCGGCUAUGCCAACGCCGCCUGGUAGUUCCAGUGGGCCACCUCCCCGACCUUCAUCUUCCUUAACUCAUGCCAGUUCGAUCGAUGAUUUGCUCGGUGCUCCCACGGCACGCAAGGGUAACACGGUCCGCGGCAAGAAGAAGGGUCGCUAUGUCGAUGUGAUGGCCCAAUAA